UCUUCUCUGGCAUUAUUAUUGCAAAUUACAAGUACCUACAGAGUACUCCAUACACAUGAAGCAAAAGACUCACCCUCUUGAACACUUGAUGAAUCCAAUCCGCAACUCGUAAAGUGCCAGUGCCAGCCUUACAGGGCUCCACAGAGCAUGUCGAUCCAUCGCGUGCUCACCAAAAGCCAUCGAUCAUCCUGAACAAAACACUUAAAACCUCCCUCGCAAUUGACCGAUCGAUGCCAGUCUUCACCCCACCAUGCCUACCUGGCUAUCCUCGCUCCAAAUAAUCCUCACCUUAACGCUUGCAACCUUUACAAGCGCAGACUUCGGUCCCCGAAACCAAUCGACCGAUCACGAUAACGGCCUCCUUGGUACCUUUCCGACGGAAACCUACCGCUCCUCGCCCUUGAUUGGUCCAUCCCUGAAUUAUAUCCAGGACAGUUUGCUCUGCCACGAUGGGUUGUAUACGUUGCUCGCGCCGCGGGGGAGCGAUGUGCGGACUCCGGGGCCGAUGGUAAUUGAUAGCGAUGGGCAUUUGGUCUGGACAAACACCGGCUAUGGGAAUACGCAUGCAGUUGGAGUGUAUAAGCUCAAGGGGGAGGGGUAUUUGGGAUUUGGGAUGGAGAAUAAUGGGUUGAAGGGGUUUGGGGAUGGGGUAUAUUACCUGCUCGACUCAUCUUACGAAAAAGCGUAUACGAUCAAAGGCGCCCAUGGAUUCCCCGUUGAUCUACGUGAAUUCCAUAUCACUCGCGACGAAACCGCAGUCAUCACGGCAUAUCAGAUCAAAACCGCUGAUUUACGGUUCGUUGGCGGCCCCCAAGACGGUCGAAUCUACGAUAGCAUCGUACAAGAAAUCAACAUCGAGACUGGGAAACUGCUCUUCCAAUGGCGGGCUUCAGAACAUGUCGAUAUCACCCAGGUACCACGUACCCUGGACACAGAAGCAGGGACCUACAUCGAUCAUGAAGGGCAGCAAGCGUGGGAUUUCUUCCACAUCAACAGCAUCGAUAAGGACAGCAAGGGCAACUUUCUCGUUUCGUCCUCUUCGGCCAAUGCCCUGAGCUACAUUGACGGCAGUACUAAGAAGAUCCUCUGGAAUCUGGGCGGCCAAAACAACAGCUUCAAUGAUCUAUCCGGUGGUAUAGCUACUCAAUUCAGCGGCCAACACCACGCACGCUUCUACGAUGAUAAUACGAUCACCCUCUUCGACAAUAAUGCCAAUACCGUUGACGGUCCCAGUCGAGGCCUCUACCUCACCGUCGACUACGACCAAAUGACAGUCUCCCUCCUCCACACCUACACACCAUCCACCAACGUCCAUAGCCCAUCAGGCGGCUCCCUCCAACUCCUCCCAACCGGCAACAUCCUCCAAAACUACGGCCAAAUCCCCGCCUGGACCGAAUUCAGCAUCAACGGCGACACCCUCUGCCAAAUCCAUUUCGGCGCCGCAGCAUCCUUCAACUCAAGCAAAGUCCUCUCAGACCGCAUCGUCAAAGGCCCCUGGACCGGCCUCCCAAAAACAAGCCCCGACAUCGCCCUAUACGGCUACGAAGCCGCAGUAUCCUGGAACGGCGCAACAACUGUAGCAACCUACAUUCUCGAAGGAACCAACGAUCCAGAACUAGAUAUGAAACAAGCCAUCUACACCCGCGACCACCCACCACCCACCGACUUGAAUGACAAGAACAAACCACCCGAGUUCACCUUUUUAUCCGCAACGCCCAAAUCCGGCUUCGAAACUAUCCUCCCCCUCCCCAACACUUUUCCCGCAAAGACUUAUCUGCGCAUCCGCGCGUUGGAUAAAUACGGCCACAUCAUCGGCAUAACAAAACUCACGCACUGGGAUCCAGACGCCGGUCAGCCAAUCGUUGGCAUUGGCGGUCCUGCAAUCCCAGGACCAGAUCUCCGACCCGUCGGCUACUUCCUAGGCGGCUUUUCAGUUGCCGUUGUUCUUGCUGUGGGUGUUUGGUUAAUGAGGCGUCGGAUUGCGGCGAGGAGGGUUUAUGGGCGUUUACAGAAAUGUAGAGGCGGUUAUGGCGGUGUUGAUGGUGAUGAUAGCGACGAUGAUGGGGAUAGUGAGAGGGGUGGAUAUGGGUAUGGUGGGGGGUGGGAUGAUGGGGAUGAGGAGUUGAGUGAUGGGGAGUUGAUUGAUGCGGUUGAGUUUUCGUUGCUUGGGGGGAAGGCGUUGAAGGCUAGGGGGGUUAGGGGGUUGGAGGAUAGUGAUGAUAGUGAUGAAGAGAUGGGGAAGGUUUAAUUUUAAUAGAUUUGGAUAUUUUAGACUUGGAUAAUGCAUAAUAGUAAUGUUGAUAUGAACAUCCUACAGAUGACCAGGAUAGCGUACGCCUACGAGUAUGGUUCAGAGAAAUCAAGGCCAG